CUUUGACAUUCGUCCCACCUCAUCCUCUUAUGCGGCAGCAUCAACGGACCCCGCCCUGGCACUCUCGAUUAUUCGUCGAGCCCACAUCAUCUUAUAUUGUUCCUCUGGGAGCUGGAUCUUGGACUACUCUAUUUACUCUUCUCAAAUCUGGGUAGCAUCUGACGACAUGGGUGCGAAAUCGGUCGAGCGUAUGGCUCGGAUUAGCGACCUCUCAAUGGCCCACCAAGACAACAUUCACCAGAUUGAUCUGGUCAACCGAGACGAGGAGGCCCGUCGCCUCAAGCUACGCCUCCUGUCUUUGCGGGAUGAGAAUGCCCUGUUGAAGGACAAAGUGUCUCAAAGAGACUCUCGUCUCAAACUCCUGGUCAGACAAGGAGAUGAUGUGCAGGCUGAGCUGGAAGAAGCAAGGGAGAACGCCAAGCUCCAGGAUGCCAGGCUCAAGAAACAAACCAACGAAUUGACAGCCCUCAAGGAAAAGUUUGCCCUCGACCGAGAACUGAACCGAAUUCGACCCGAGAUCGAACAUCUGAAAUCACAACUCGCAAGUCACCAGGCAGUAGUUGCCGAGAAGCAAGACCUUCAGAGACAACUGAACUCCCUCGAAGUUGAACUGCAAAACGAAAAGCGAUCCAAACAACGCCUCCAACAGAAGAGCGAUACUGAUGCUAGCGAGGAUUGGAAGACACGCUUAGCGGCAAUUGAGAAGAAGCACGCAUCUGAGAGGAAGGAAUGGGAAAAGACCAAGAAAGAGCAUGAGCGAGAACUUCGAGAGGCUCAGGGCCAAAGCGAACGGCUGGAGGAACGAGUGUCAACGGUCAAAUCAAAGUUGAAGAGUGUGCAGUCCGAGCUGAAGGAUGCUCGAGACGAGCUUGAAAGGAGUCGCGCGGAACUCGAAGCCAUGCGGAAGGCAUCUCGAAAGGCCAAUGACCAGCCCAAGAAGACAGUCACCAUGAAGACACAGCCUGCCCGCAAGCGCCGAGUCAAUGAGCUGAGUAUGGAAGAUAUUAGCAUCGGGACGCCCGGCCCGGACGAGGCUACGCUCAAGCGUCCGUUGAAGAAGCGUGCAGCCGAGCUCGCUUUGGUCGGAGAGAAGUCAACAUUUUCCAUCACGCCGUUCCUGAGCAGGACCAAGAACCUUCCUGAUGAGUCCAUGGACCUGCCGUCUCCGACGAAUAAGCCCGCGGGUGUCCCGGAAGCAGUGAUCGAGGAGGAGGAAGAAGAAGAGGAGGAGGAGGAGGAGAGGGAAGAAAAGGAAGAACCGCAUCCCAGGUCUGACUCACAUGUGUCAGAUGAGCCAACCCAGGAUGUAUCGGUGGACAGCAAGCAGGCCACAGAUUCCAAGGCACCCAAGCCGCGAGGUAGGCCGCGGAAGGCGCUGGAUGAUGCGCCGACGUUGAAAAAGAAUAUGCCGAGCUCGUCGGUGCAGAAGAUGCGGACGCUACAGGCUAGCAGCAAAGCCGAGAAGGUCUUGGAGGAGUCGGAAGGUCUGGAGCAGGAGAAUGGAGCAGUGAAAAGGACCAAAAAGGGACUGGGGCUCAAGACUAAAGGUGUCGAGUCACGACCUGGCAAUACGAGUGUCCUGGAAGCAGAUGGAAAGAAGAAGAAGCGCAAGAUCUUGGGCAACAGCAGCAAGACACUAUUUGACGACGAUGAGGGCGAGAUAGCACCCCUGCCUGCAAAGCCACAGCUGCUCGCCAACCGAAGGCUUAAGGCGACUUUGGGCGGCGUACCGAAUGCCUUUGGUGGACGAACAUUCUCACCACUGAAGAGGGAUAGGCGAGGAGUCAAUGCAAGCUUCCUGGCAUGAGUAACAGGAGGGAUUGAGACGAUGGUUGGCGAUACGGUUAUAUGGUCAUGGGUUACGGUUGCAUGGUCGGCGUUUGGGAUUGAGGUUUUGGAGUUAUUUCUCUUGCAGGUUUGCAUUUGAAUUGAAUUGAAUUGAAUUGAGAGAAUCAAACAAAGAGUCUAAUACGAGUCGUAAUAUGGCAGAAUGUUUCCACAGUGCAACCGAUUCAGUUGACAGACGUCUGUAUCUUCCAGUGGACGUGAUGUCAGAGCGGAUGGCUGCCCGAUGUUUUCCAUUGUCGCCCUGCUACACACGCCACCAACUACAGCAAGGCCCAUCCACCAAUCUCAGAAUGUAGGCAGACGAGUAUGUAAUGGCGUUUAUAUUGCGCCUGCUUGUUGAGUCCUGGCAGAUUGCAUCCAGUGGGUACGUUUUACAGUGGUACUUCGUAUGGUAUUGCAUAGUCCCCAGCUUGUAUCG